AUGUCUACCUCUGCCCCAGCAAUUACCGCCCCGUCACCUGCAACAGCCACGGCACGCUGGCAGGAUGCAAUCGAUCGACUUGAUCCCGAUACCCGAGCCGCACUCGCUAGUGUUGCAACUCCCAAACUCGAAAUCCGCCAUCUCGUAAAGGCAGCCGACGAGAAACGAAAGAUCGCAGAAUGGGUUAACCACCUUGUCGCUGUCGAGGACAUGAUCGUCCAGUACGAUCCAACUCGUACCGCGCUUCCAUGA